UCUUGUAUCUACACCACCUUGGCAUUGCUAGACAGGACAGCCUAUAUUGACGUAGACGCAGCAGGAGCAGCAGCAGCGAACUCUGUCAGUUCUCUAGCAUCUCCGGUGAAGCAAGCAAGCAGAGAGAUGGCGUCCCCUCGUCGCAUGGCCGCCGCGCCCGCCGUCCUCCUCCUCGUCCUGCUCCUCCUCGUCGCCACGGAGAUGGGGACGAUGAAGACGGCGGAGGCCCGGACGUGCCUGUCGCAGAGCCACAAGUUCAAGGGCACCUGCCUCAGCAACAGCAACUGCGCCGGCGUGUGCCGCACCGAGAACUUCCCCGACGGCGAGUGCAACUCCCACCGCCUCGAGCGCAAGUGCUUCUGCAAGCGCACCUGCUAAGCAAGCCCAGUCCGCGCUACUGGCUCUGGCUAGCUAGACUGCUAGAUCAGCAGCCAUGCCGUCAGUUAGAUCUGUUCGUCCCUACUUUUGUUUCCGUUUGCUUUACGUUGCUCUUGGGGAUGACUGAAAAUAAAGUAGCUACCUACAUCCUCUGCAUUGGCUGUUCCACUGCAUGUUGUCUAAGUGUUUCUGGCUUUAGUUUGUGCUGUUGAUGUAAUAACGAUGCCACUAACAAUUUGGCUUCUAUGUGUUGUGUUGAAACUUGGAAUCAAUCGGUUAUUAGUUGGCUUGUC